CCUGCCCAGCGCAUGCGCACUGCUGUUCUGCGCUUGUCAUCAUGGCGACGCGGGGCCAUGUGCAAGACCCUAACGACCGGCGCCUCCGGCCCAUUUACGAUUAUCUUGAUAAUGGGAAUAAUAAAAUGGCAAUUCAGCAAGCUGAUAAACUAUUGAAGAAACAUAAGGAUCUUCAUUGUGCUAAGGUUCUGAAGGCAAUCGGUUUACAGAGAACUGGAAAGCAGGAGGAAGCUUUUACCUUGGCUCAGGAGGUGGCUGCCCUUGAGCCCACAGAUGACAACUCGCUGCAAGCGUUGACCAUUCUUUAUCGGGAGAUGCACCGCCGCUGGCAUGGCUUUGUAUAAGAUUGUUCCCAAAAACCCUUACUACUUUUGGUCUGUAAUGAGCCUAAUUAUGCAAUCCAUAUCGGCACGGGAUGAAAACCUCUCGAAAACCAUGUUUCUGCCCCUGGCUGAGAGGAUGGUAGAGAAAAUGGUGAAAGAGGACAAGAUCGAAGCUGAAGCUGAAGUUGAACUUUAUUAUAUGAUCCUGGAACGGUUGGGAAAGUACCAGGAAGCCUUGGAUGUCAUUAGAGGGAAAUUAGGAGAGAAGUUGACAAGUGAGAUUCAGAGUCGGGAAAAUAAAUGCAUGGCUAUGUACAAGAAGCUGAGUAGGUGGCCUGAGUGCAAUGCCCUUUCCCGACGCCUCUUGCUGAAAAACUCAGAUGACUGGCAGUUCUAUCUGACUUAUUUCGAUUCUGUCUUUCGACUGAUUGAAGAGUCCUGGACACCUCCUGCUGAAGGUGAACACUCUUUGGAAGGAGAAGUACACUAUUCCGCAGAAGAAGCUGUGAAGUUCAUAGAGGAUCGGAUAACAGAAGAGUCUAAAAGUUCUCGCCAUCUCAGGGGACCACACCUGGCCAAGCUGGAACUGAUCAGGCGUUUAAGAAGUCAGGGCUGUAAUGAUGAGUACAAGCUGGGUGACCCUGAAGAAUUAAUGUUCCAGUAUUUUAAGAAGUUUGGGGAUAAGCCAUGUUGCUUCACAGACCUUAAGGUGUUUGUUGACCUCUUGCCUGCUACACAGUGUACAAAAUUUAUUAAUCACCUUCUUGGAGUUGUCCCAUUGUCAACACCAACAGAAGAUAAGCUUGCUCUGCCUGCUGAUAUCCGAGCUCUGCAGCAGCAUCUGUGUAUAGUGCAGCUGACAAGGCUACUUGGCUUGUAUCACAUUAUGGAUAAAAAUCAGAAGUUGAACGUGGUCAGAGAAUUGAUGUUAAGGUACCAGCAUGGACUAGAAUUUGGGAAAUCCUGUUUGAAAACAGAGCUGCAGUUUUCCGACUAUUACUGCCUCCUUGCUGUCCACGUGCUCAUUGACAUCUGGAGAGAAGCAGGUGAUGAGAGUGCUGUGUGGCAAGCCCUGACUUUGCUGGAAGAAGGAUUAACCCACAGUCCUUCCAAUGCUCAAUUCAAACUGCUGCUUGUUCGAAUCUACUGUAUGCUUGGUGCAUUUGAACCAGUGGUGGAUCUUUACUCCAGCCUUGAUGCUAAGCAUAUCCAGCACGACACCAUUGGUUACCUCUUGACCCGAUACGCUGCAUCCCUAGGUCAGUAUGCUGCUGCAUCCCAGUCCUGUAACUUCGCACUCAGGUUUUUCCACUCCAACCAGAAAGAUACCUCAGAAUAUAUUAUCCAAGCUUACAAAUAUGGUGCAUUUGAGAAGAUCCCAGAGUUUAUCGCUUUUAGGAACAGGCUGAAUAAUUCUCUUCAUUUUGCACAAGUCCGUACUGAACGGAUGCUGUUAGACCUUCUACUUGAAGCAAACAUAUCAAGCAGUUUAGCAGAAAGUAUAAAGGCAAUGAAUCUCAGGCCAGAAGAAGAUGACAUUCCAUGGGAAGAUUUGCGAGACAAUAGAGACUUAAAUGUUUUCUUCAGCUGGGAUCCAAAAGACAGGAAUGUUUCUGAAGAACAUAAGAAACUUUCCUUGGAGGAAGAGACCAUGUGGUUAAGAAUCCGCUCCUUAACAUUGAGACUGAUCAGUGGACUUGCAAGUCUUAACCACCCGGUGGAGCCAAAGAACUCCGAGAAGACUGCUGAGAAUGGUGUGUCCUCCCGGAUUGAUAUUCUUCGUUUGCUCCUCCAACAGCUAGAAGUGGCCGUGGAGAUGGGAAAGCGAUUUAUUGAGAAGGAAAUUCAGUAUCCCUUCCUUGGACCUGUACCUACCAGGAUGGGUGGAUUCUUUAACUCUGGCUGUUCUCAAUGCCAGAUAAGUUCCUUUUAUCUUGUUAACAAUUUGUAUGAACUGGAUACCAAUGGCUUAGAGGAUACAGUGGAGAUACAGGAACGAAUAGAAAAUAGUCUUAAGUCUUUACUAGAAAAAUUAAGAGAUGUCUUCAGUAAAUGUAAAGGCGCACUCUUAGAAGUGAAAGAUGGUAACUUGAAAACCCAUCCUACUCAUUUAGAAAAUUUAGUCUUCUUUGUUGAGACUAUUUCUAUUGUCCUCUGGGUAUCCAGUUACUGUGAGAGCGUCCUUCGACCAUACAAAUUAAAUAUACAGAAAAAGAAAAAGAAGAGAAAAGAAACCAGCAUCAUCAUGCCACCUGUCUUCACCAGUUUUCAAGACUAUGUUACUGGACUCCAGACUUUAAUUUCCAAUGUUGUGGAUCAUAUUAAAGGACUUGAAACACAUCUAAUUGCACUUAAACUUGAAGAACUUAUUUUAGAAGAUACUUCUUUCUCUCUGGAAGAGAGAAGGUUUUCAAAGACUGUGCAAGGAAAGGUGCAGAGCAGUUACCUGCAUUCACUUCUGGAAAUGGGGGAGCUGCUGAAAAAAAGACUUGAGGCCACAAAGAAACUAAAAAUUUAAGGAAGUGUGAACCACAGGCAUUGAAGACUCCACAGCAGAACAUGACAUCAUCUUCCCAGGCACAAAGCAACAUCUGGUUGGCCAUCAUUUUAAUCCAGAACUUCCUCAUAAAUGCAUGAAGGACUUUGAUCGUGAAUUAAUUUUUUGAGGUAUUAAAUGUAUACAGCUGAUUAAAUUAUUGUAUAUAAACCAGAAGCAGGACCCUCAUGGGUUUGACCACUUUUUAUACCUGUUCAUACAAAUAUAACAGCAACAAGAGAAGCCCACUUCCCUCCCAUCACCAGAAGCAUGGUGGGGUUUCUAUAAAAGCAACAAUAGAGCAAGUGGAUCUGGUCCUUGAGCCAUAGGAGGCCGAAAGCAGACAUAGGGGCAGACAUGACUGGGAGCAGAGCCCUUUCCUCCAUGGCAGGUUCACUAUGAGGCUUCCUCAGCUGCGGGGAUGCCACAGAUCCGGGCAGGUCCACAAAGAGCCUCAGGUGAGAUUUGGCAUAAUCACUUGCCACUGCACGGCACCAAACAAGACCACAGGUGCUCAGUUUUUGGCUUCAUAGGCCUAAUAGCCAAGAUAUACCCAUCCCAGCACCUGGGAGAGUUAAAUCUCAGGGAGGCAAGGAAGGCUCUGUUCAUUUAUAGCUGUUCAGUUAGACCACCUAACACUUAAGCCUACUAAGAACUAGCUUGCUGUUAGUUAUUUAGGAAAGAUAGGAAGAGCUGUUUUAAAGAGAAGUGUACAUAAUUUGUGCAGGCAAGCCUGAUAUUUGUUUCAUUGUUUCUGUGAGUAACAUACUGCAGUUUGAGUCUUAUGUAUAUGCAUAUAUAUUUAUAGAUAUGCUUGAAGAGAAAGAUUUACUAUUUUAGUGUUUUGAAGUGGGGAGUUUAGGAAGAAAGGAAUUGUAUACUAUAGAUUUAACCUGUUUUAAGUUGGCAAAAGAAAUGUUUUACAAUGGAUGUUAGAACUUGUUAACUAUACCAGGAUGGUAUGUACUUUGUUCACCUGGAAGAUGGAGGUCUCGCCCUUAAGACUGUAGUUUCAGGUUGUUCUCAUAGUGAAGAUAAAAAUUGCUCUUGAAUGUGUUAUACUAAAUUUUUACAACUUCUUUGAUAACUUUUUUUUUUUUUCUUGGUGUUUGAAUCCCUGCUUCUGUUACUGGUUUGUGUUACCCAAAUAGUAGUUCUGUAAGAGUGAAGAAAUGAAUGUAACGAGGCUUGGUCGCAGAGACCCUAAAGGCCUUUUCCUAUACACUGCUUCAGUGAAAUGUGAUGUUUCUGUAAAAGCCAACCGAGAGCUGGAAAAAUCUUUGUAUGCAGGGUUUGCUUUCUUAGGGUCACAAUUUGAUGUGGUGGUUAAUAACAGCUUAAACAUCUAAGGAAAUUUUUAGAAAUCACUACAUUAUCUCUAAGAUUUGUUGGAAAACCUAGACUACCAAGUAAUUUCACAAAUUUUUUUAAUAUAAAUUAGUAGUGACAGUAUCACAUCAUUCCAAAAUGUAGACUGUCCUUGAAUAAGAUGAAUUGAAAAUUCUAAUUGAUUCUGAAUUGCCUUUAUCAUCAAUAUAUCAUUUUAUAAAACUAUGGCCCAUUUUCAGUGGAACUUUGUACAUAUGCAACAGUGGGGGUGUAUGGUGUGUGCUCUAAGAAUAAUGUUUCUUGGAAUAUUAAAAAAAAGUACUGUACAUAGAACUAGAGAUGUUCUUUGAAACAGCUCUGUCACUGACCAUGACCAGGUAGAGUAUGUAUGCUCAAUUGGCUGGCUCUGGUCCUCAGGCACAGCCUGAGACUCUAGUGGUCUAUCCAACCAGUCUCCUGCCCUGGCUGUCUGGGACCGCCGCUGGUUUUACUGACAAAUGAUGUUACAUUGGAGUUAUGCUUCCUUUGUUACUUGCUGAUUUUCCUACUAAAUGUAGCAUUUCAGUUAGAUCCAAUUCUUACAUUUUGAAAUAAUUGUAAAAAGAAUGAAAUUAUGCAGAAAUGGCCGAUAUCUUUUAUCAGUCUGUUCUUUUGGAAACUGUCAUGCACUAUAAAUUGUACAGUUAAAAAAAAAUAUAUAUAUAUAUAUUCUUACAUGAGUAAAGAAACCCUCUCCCCGCAAUUGUAUGUUGUUGAUAUUUGACAAGUGCUCAGUAACCUUUUGCUGCUGCUGUUUGAUUUUUAUGAGUUUUUGUUUAGUAAUUGAUAUUUUAAAAAAAGAAAGAAAAAACAUGACUACUAUUUACAGACUGAAAAAUUACUGUUCUUUAUACUACUGAGACUCGUAAGGCUUUCCACAGCAAACAUUGGGUUCAGAUCAUUUAUCUGAUGUGGAUAAAACAUAAUUUUAGUGUUCUCCACAUAAUGAAAAUGUACAAAUACCUAGUUGUGCUACCCAUCAAUUUUGUAUAUUUUCAUAAUUUUAAUUGUUCAGAAUUGCAUUAUAUUUUGCAAUCACCACGUUCAAUCUGGGUUUGUCUUUCAUUUUAACUUUUAAAUAAAGGGGGGGGUUCAGGUUAUCUGCAAGGUUGUUGAAACUUUUCCUGCACAUAUUUGAUGUGAUCUGUUGAUGUGGAAAAUCUCCAGAAUUAGUGAAGUACAGCAAAUCUGCUUUAAACUGGACAGGUUAAUUUGCACAAAUGGUGUCAUUUUAAGUUGGGACUUCUGCCCAGUUCAUGUUUAGUCUUAAAGCUACCAUCUUUUCUUUUUCUUUCUUUCUGAGGGUCUCACUGUGUAGCCUCAGCUGGCCUGGAAAAUACUAUUUCAGGCUGGCCUGGAACUCUCAGCAAUUCUCCUGCCUCUGCCUCCCAAGUGUUGGGAUCAAAGAUAUGUGUCACCAUGUCUGACUAAAGCUUCUUAAAUCAUGUAACUCA